AUUUGUUAGAGCCUAAAGCUGGCAAAGAGGAGGUGGUCAUGAAACUCAAGACACUGGAGUCCAGUGUGAGCACUGGCCGGAAAUGCAGUCAGGCUUGCCGACCAAGUCGACCACUGAGUCAGCCCACUGGGACGACGGGCCAAACCGGUCGAGUGUUUCUCUGCAGACCCCUCCCAAACCCCCUGCUCUGUGCGCAUGUGCUGCCUCAGCAAAGCUUCUGAUUGGUCACAGCCCGUGGGACGCGCAACAUUCGCUCGCCGAUCGCUCUCAGAGUCCGCAGAGCGCCCCAGCCGUCCCUGAGCUGAGCUCCUGGCUGCCGGGGCCCUUCGCAUUCUCCACAGGAACAGAGCAAUGGUGUCCUGGCCCCCCUGCUUUUCUCUUCCUUCUCUCCAGGGGUCGCUAGAGGAAACAGAUGGAUGCACAUUAGUAGACCAGUGGUGGCGUGGGUUGGUGUUGAAGGCGACAAGUGGGGUCAGUGUUUUGUGUCCAUUCCGUCCGCCAGACUGGGAAGGGACACGGGGAAACUCCAUGCUUCCAGGAGUGGUCGCCUGCCUGCCUCCCAGAAGUUUGAGGAGAGCCCGGUGUUGCCCCAGCAGGUCCAUGGAACGUAGCAGUCAGGUGCUGAAGUUACUGGGCUCAGACUAGGCAACGCAGUGCACGCCCUGCAGGCCGCUCAGCAGAGCAUGCGCGCCUCGGACCUGGUGCCCCGCGUGUGCCUGACGCUCGCCCACCUCAACCGCGUGGUCUUCUUCGUCUGCGACACCGUGCUCUGGGGGAAGAGCAUCGGGCUCGCCCCCGGCAUCAACCGAGAGAAGUGGCACCUGUGGGCCACGCGGCACUACUGCUGCUCGCUCCUGCUGAGCCUGCUCAGGGACCUGUACGAGGUCUCCUGGCGGAUGGAGCAGGCGGCGCAGGACCGGGCGGUGAGCGAGAAGUCGCCCUCCCAGGAGCCUCCGGCCUACAGCGUGGCUGACGAGGAGACGGAAUGGCUGCAGUCCUUCCUCCUGCUCUUGUUCCGUUCCCUGUGGAGGCACCCGCCCUUGCUCCUGGACACGGUGAAGAACCUCGGCGACAUCCUGAUUCCCUUGGACCAGCUGGGCAUCUAUAAGUCCAACCCUGGCGUCAUCGGGCUGGGAGGGCUGGUGUCUUCCAUAGCGGGUAUCAUCACAACGGCCUGGCCUCACCUGAGGCUGAAGACCCCCUGAGGCAGGGCAAAUGAAAGGUUUAAAUGGCUGUUUUUCCUUAAUCCACAUCCUCUACUGGAACAGAUUAAUUAUAUCUAAUUAAAU